AUGACAGCAACCAUUCCUCUAUAUCUUAAAAUAAAUGGAUUGCAUACUGAUGCAAAUGACAAUCUGCCUCGUUUCACUGAAGUUUCAGCUAAAGAAAUCAAGUUUAACGAAAACACCUAUGAGUUUGAGAAAAUAUUUGGCGCAUCAGCUACUGCUUACCCUGAAUUGAUUGACGAUAAAUCAAGUUCAUGUGUCGUGUUGGUGGGACCCACAGGAAGUGGUAAAACCACUCUUUUGAAGCAAUUAAUAGCUGCAAAAGUGAAAAAUUUUGAAACUCAAGCUUUUAUUAGUUCCUUUGAAAUUACAAAACUUAGAAAAAUUAACGAUUUGGUAGACUCAGCAUCCGAAUUUAAAAAGCUUCAACUCAGCAGUUUGGAAAGUACUUUAAAAAGAGCUAAAUACACCCCUGAUGCUUUAAAAUUGAUUAUGAGUAGAAGAUCUACUCAGCCAACAGAAGUGAACUCCAACUCGUCCCGUAGCUGUCUUGUGGUUACCUUUUAUUAUCAAAAUACAAGAACCACAUUUGUUGAUCUGAUGGCUACCACUUCCUCAAAUGCUUUUGCCAAUUCAGAUAAUGCAUCAAUUACUCAAUUGAUAGUCAAUCACAAAAAUGUUAGCAAAUCAGAUAAUUUGAUAUCCAACUUCAUUUCCAAAAACCAAAAAUUGAAAAUCGUUUUAAAUUUGGAUCCUUAUGGAGAUCCAAGCUUGAUUGAUCCAAGCUUGACAAAUGUUUCAGAUUUCGUCAAAAACUAUGAACCACCAACUAAUUCAUCAGUGAACUCCUUGGCAAAAACAAACAACGAAACUGUUGUCAAGCAAAUUAGAAGAGUCCCCAGCUACACCAGACCUACUUUAUCAUCCAGUCGCCAUAGUCCCAAAAACUUUUCGAAAAGAUCAAGGAUUAACGGCAACAGUCCCGAUAAGAUGGCGCUCAACAAACGAGUAAGGUUAAAAAACAGUCCCUUGAGUCAAUCAGUUGAUUCAAAUCCUUUUAUUGAAAAAAACUCGAAAAUCUACUUAAAGAAUUUAGCUCUGAGAACUUCCAGCCCUGAUACUUAUACUGACAGUGACUCUCAUCACGAAUGUUGUUUACAAAUUGAAAAUUUGCAAAAUGAAAAACGAGUAUUACACAAAAAAUAUGUUGACUCAAUUAAGGAUUUGAAACAAGAUUUUCUUGCUUUUAAACAAGAAGCAGCUGGAAUAAUUGUGGUGUUGAAUGAUUUAGAUGCACAGCUUUCUGAACUCAAGCAAAAGCAAAUUGAUUUGGAAAAUGUAAAGAAUGACCAGAUCAAAGAAUUAGUUAAUGAACAUGAAUUACAAAUUGAGAAAAUUUCAAAAGAUUUGACUGAGAAAUUCAAAUUGGUGGAAACACAAUUGCUUUCCAAGCAUGAAUCUCAUGUACAACAAUUUACCAAAGAAUUGAUUGCUGAAGCUGAAUCCAAACAACAAGUGGAAGAGGAGUUAGAUAAUUUGAAAACCACCCAUGAUAGGGAUUGCGCAAGAAUUCUAGAGUUGGAAGCUCAGUUAAGUGAUGCAGCAAAAGAAAAAAGUGAAUCUGAUUAUAAGCUUACCGACACGUCUGAUGUUAUCAAUGAUUUGAAAAGUCAAAUUGAAUCUCUCAAGGCAAGUUUAAGCAAACUGGAAGAGGAACGAGAAAUCCAAAAUAAAAAGCUCGACCAAGUAACAGAAUUGAAAGAGUUGAAAGAAUUAAAGGUAGAGGAAUUGUCUAAUAAUCUACUGAAAUUACAACAAGAUUUACAUCGUAAGGAAAUUGAACAGAACGAACAAUUGGAACAAUUGCAUGGAGUUUCUGCUGACAAGGAAAAACUGUUGCAACAAUCCAUUGAACAGUCAAAGAUUUAUAUAAACUCAUUAAAAGAUCAAAAUGCAAAGAUUGAUCGAAAUUGGGAAAUAAAAUAUGGAACUCUUGAACAAAACCAACAAAAAUUAACGGAAGAACAUUUAGCAAAUAAACAAAGGGAUCAGUUGGAGAUUGAAAAACUAGUAAAGAACAAAACUGAACUUGAAGCCGAUAACCAGGCAUUGAAGAAUCAAUUAACAGAAAUUUCUAAACAAUUUUCGACCCUUGGUGCUGAAUCUUCAGAAUUAAAAAAGCAAAUUGAGACGACACAAAUCAAGUAUGAUCAAGCUGAACUAGUUCAUCAAGAGUUGAAGGCUGAAAUUGAGAAGCUACUUAAAGAGUCUGCUGGCAAAGAUGGACAGCUUAAGGAAUUGAAUCAAAGUCACGAGAGGCUUAUUCAAGAGUUAAAGAGUGAUCACGAGAAACAAGUGAAAGAAACUAAAGAUCACAUUAUCAAAGAAAUGGAGGAAAAGCAUCAACAAACAAUCAAGGACAUUCAAGAACUGCACAAUGAAAGCAUCGAGGAAAUCAAUAACGAACACGAGAACAAAGCAAAGAGUAUUAUUGAUUCUUUAAAUGAGGAAAUUGAAGAAUUGACCUCCCAACUCAAAAAUGCCGAAUCCGAAAAGAAUACAUUACAGUCAUUAAAAUUGGAGUACGAAAAUGAAAUUGUUGCUUACAAAUCCAAGAUUGAUCAAUUGCAAAAGGAGUCAGCUGAGUCAGCAGAGAAUUUGAAAAAUUAUGAAACCAAGUUUCAGUCUAUGAAAUUUGAUUUGGAAUCUGAUCUAGCGAUUGAAAAGCAAUUGAGAAAGGAUGAAGGACAGGAGUAUGAGAAUCAAAUUGAAAAAUUAAAUCAAUUAGUCACGGAAAAAGAUUUACAAUUGAGUGAAAAAGGUGAAGAAAUAGCUUCUAUUAGAAAACAUAUAGAGGAAUUGGAUGAUACGAAAACAAAAUUGGAAGAAAAGUCGACUACUCAAAAUGGGAUAAAUCUGUUGGAUAAUAGUCUCACUAAAAAGCAUGCUGCAGUAGUUGCUGAAUUGAGCGGUAAGAUUACUAAUGGUGAUGCUGACACAGAUUACGAUAACGAGCCUCUCGACACAAAUGAAGAAAGCACUAAUAUGGCUAUUACACAAUCUAUCAAUAAAAGACAUGUUUUACAACCGUUAUUGAAUAAUGCAACUUCGCCAUUGAAAAAAGUUAAUUCCCAAAAUUCAAAAAAUGAUAAACCCACAUCACCAAAAUUUGGUAGUCCUGAUUUAGCUACAGUAGAUUGA